CUCAGAGCCUCCAACCACCUUCUACCUCGUCUUCUCCGCCUACACCUUUCUCUCUCCUCUUAUACACAACCCCUUUCUUUCUCUCCCGUCAAUACUCGUCUCUCCCCCCCUUUCUCUCUCCAAUGGCUUCACUCCAAUCUAGAAUUCCCACUCUCUCCUUUUCCUCCGCCCUCUCCUCCACUUCCCUGCGACGCCAUCCCUCCACCGCAUUUCCCUCCGGACCCCGCCGUAGAACCACCCCCAAGAUCCAAUCGAAAAUCCGAGAAAUUUUUAUGCCAGCACUGAGCUCCACCAUGACCGAAGGCAAGAUCGUCUCAUGGAUUAAAACCGAGGGCGAUUUGCUCUCCAAAGGUGAGUCCGUGGUUGUUGUGGAGUCAGAUAAGGCCGACAUGGAUGUUGAGACCUUCUACGACGGCAUUCUCGCCGCCAUCGUCGUCGGUGAAGGCGAGACCGCUCCGGUUGGUGCGCCGAUCGGUCUGUUAGCUGAAACUGAGGAGGAAAUUGCUGAAGCCAAGGCUAAAGCCGCCAAUUCUGCUGUCUCCACUCCUCCACCUGCUACUUCCACUCCGGAAACUACUCCUUCCACUCCACCGCCUGUUACUUCAACUCCUCCAUCAGCCAAGGCGGCUCCGGUGGUCACUGAUGGGCCGAGGAAGAUUGUGGCGACGCCGUUGGCAAAGAAAUUGGCGAAGCAGCACAAGGUUGAUGUUAAUAAGGUGGUGGGGACGGGUCCAUUUGGGCGGAUUACUCCGGCUGAUAUUGAAGCUGCUGCUGGAAUUUCCCCCUCGAAAAGUAGUGUUUCCACCAACGUUGUUCCGGUUGCUGCCGCAGCUCCGCCUCAUGCGGCGGCUGCACCACCAAAACCAGCAGCUGCCACCACUUUCCCUGAAAUUCCGGGGUCUACGGUGGUUCCAUUUACCACAAUGCAAUCUGCUGUGUCAAAGAAUAUGCUCGAAAGUCUGUCUGUUCCCACAUUUCGUGUGGGGUAUCCAGUGACCACUGACGCACUGGAUGCUCUGUAUGAGAAGGUUAAGCCAAAGGGUGUUACUAUGACUGCAUUGUUAGCAAAGGCUGCAGCAGUGGCGCUAGCUCAGCACCCAGUUGUGAACGCAAGUUGUAAAGAUGGAAAGAGUUUUACAUAUAAUAGUAGUAUAAAUAUUGCUGUUGCUGUGGCAAUCAAUGGUGGAUUGAUAACCCCUGUUCUUCAGGAUGCUGAUAAGUUGGAUCUUUAUCUGCUAUCUCAAAAAUGGAAGGAGCUGGUAGAGAAAGCCCGAUCGAAGCAACUUCAGCCUCAGGAGUACAAUUCAGGGACUUUCACUCUGUCCAAUUUGGGCAUGUUUGGAGUGGACAGGUUUGACGCUAUUCUUCCUCCAGGCCAGGGGGCUAUUUUGGCUGUUGGAGCAUCAAAGCCAACUGUUGUAGCUGAUGCAGAUGGAUUCUUCAGUGUGAAAAGUAAAAUGCUGGUGAAUGUUACAGCUGAUCACCGAAUUAUCUAUGGAGCUGACUUGGCUGCUUUCCUUCAGACCUUUUCAAAGAUUGUUGAAAACCCCGAGAGCCUGACACUGUAGACGAAGAUUUAGGUCAAUCAACAAGAGAUGUAAUAUGUCUCUAUCAAACAGAGUGUGGUAAAGGAAGAUUGCAGCAGUAGCGUUUUUAGUUUCUGGUGUUGUGCUGCAGCGUUGUUCUGAUACUAUGCGGCAGUUUUUGAAACAGGCCAAUAAAGACUUGCUGAAAAGUGUAUACAAUUUGGUGAGGAUUUGUUUGGAAGAGUGGAACUUAUAUUUGGAUUUCACUUUUGUUUUCUACCUUUUUCUCUUUCUUUUUCUUACCAAACCUGAAUGUAUUGGACUUGGCUUUGAGUAUGAUCCAUGAUCUUGUUAUAGCGUUGCAAUUCUCCAUUGAAUUAGUUUUGGAUUAUGAAAUUC